AGACAGCUGGUCACGCCAACGUUGCAGGAACCAAAGCGGCGAGUCUACAGCGAAGUCCCUGCUCGCCCGUCCGCCUAGUUGGCAGUGAAUGUAGCCAUGGGCGACGACGCUUAUCCGGCUCGGAAAUCUACUGCCGAUCACUCAGACUCAAGCAAUCCGGCCGAUGGUGUCACUUCUCUAGGCCACCACUCGGUAAUACAGGAAGGCGUCACUUCCCCAACGCUCACCCAAGUAUCCCUGAAACCAUCAUCGCCUCCCCCAAGAUCAAGUUUGGACUCCCCAGUCCGGUCACCUGUGUCUAGGCAUCGAGAGAGUAUACCCUUGACCGUUGAGCGGCGAGAUACCUUGUCUACCAUUCCUAGCGACGUCGUCAGCUUGGUUGAACCAAGUUUUGAUGAGAACGUUCUGAGAGCGCUGUGUGAACUUGAUUGUGGUGUCCCUCUCCUAUUGGAUCGAAUAAAGCAGAGUCUUGUAUCUUGUCGGGAAGCAUCAGCAUUCUUCAAGAAGAGGGCGGGCCUGGAAGAAGAGUAUGGCAAGAGUCUACAGAAGCUCGCCCGAAGUACCUCCGAAGUUUACUCCAUGAACGACGGUAAAGCGGGGUCUUUUGUCACUGCAUGGCAGUCGUCUAUGCGGCUACAUGAGCUGAUGGCGGAAAAUAGGAUUCGUUUUGCUCAUCGGCUCAAUGAAAUGAGCGAGGAACUGGCCUCACUGGCAAAGGAGGUAGAUAAGAACAGAAAACAGACGAAGGAGCUGGCGAGCCGGUACGAGCGCGCAUUGCAGGAGGCGGAAAUUAACAUGGAAAAAAGUAAAGCCCGCCUGGAUGUCUCGUCUGAGGAGCUAGAACGUGUGCUACUGCAGAAGGAAGGGGAGUCAUUCAGCGAGAGUGCUGUGCAGGCCAAACCAGGCGUACUUGGGAGUAAGCGGGUACUUGGCAAGGCUGUGGCGAAGGGUGGUUUGUUGCUCAAGGGCAAGAAUCCGAAUAUCUUGCGGCAAGAGGAUGAUAUCCGGUUACGUGUGUCCAAUGCGUCCGAUUCUUAUCGUAAGGCCUUGCACGAUACCCAAGCAAUGCGACAAGAGUACUUCAAUUUCCAAUUGCCUCGAAUUCUGCGGGCGUUGAAGGAGUGUGUUGAUGAAAUUGAUUUAGGGACAAAAUAUCACCUCACAAGAUAUGCCUUUCUGUUUGAGAGUAUUGUCCUCAGUGACGGAUCAACCCUUGUCCCCAUCGCUCCAGAGGAAGAAGGAGCUGGUCUCAAGGCUCUAUACGAUGCGAUCGAUAACCGUGUGGAUUUUAAGACGUAUAUGCAGAACUACGCAUAUGCACGUGGCGGAGCUGCUAGGGGACCAAGGCGGGAGGGACCUGCUGAGGAAGGUUUUCUUCCCCCUCUACCCACCCACAAUGCAAGCUAUGCUGCAGCGCAGCCGCCGCAAAGUGUGGUGAAUGGGAAUACUCAGAUAACUGAUCGUGGCCGGCCCACCUUUGGAGUUGACCUGGCCGAGCAAAUGGCUCGGGAUCAAGUCGAGCUUCCCCCCGUUCUGGAAAAGUGCUGCGCUGCCAUCGAAAAGUACGGCAUUCGCUCCCAAGGCAUCUAUCGCAUAAGUGGUAUGGCUAGGAGGGUUGGCAUGCUCAAAGAACGGCUCGACAAAGAUAUGAACUCCGUUGACCUGGAUUCGGAAGAGUGGACGACAGACAUCAAUAAUGUCACCAGUGUCCUCAAGAUGUGGUUUAGGGAAUUACCUGAACCAGUCCUUACUUUUAAUCUCCACCAGGGUUUCGUUGAUGCCGCUAAAAUCGAGAACGACCGUCUGCGACACAUCCGGUUACACGAGCGGGUCAACGACUUGCCAGACCCGAAUUAUGCUACCCUCAAAUACUUUAUGGGACACCUUCACAAGAUCGCUCGAUAUGAAGGAGACAAUUCCAUGUCGAUUCAGAAUCUGGCCAUUGUGUUUGGUCCAACGCUUUUCGGCCAAGUCGGUAACGGAAGUACAUCUGGUCAUGCGAACGUUACCAUGGCGGACGCGCCUUAUCAGAACAGGGCUAUCGAGACUAUAUUGGAACAUUACACAGAUAUAUUCGUGGAUGAGAGCGAAGUAACGACAUAGACUUUGUUGGUUGACUCCGCUGCAAGUAAUCUCUCAAGAUGUCUUAUUUAUAUUGAUUUGUACGGACACGUGGAGUGAUCUUUCUUUUCUCUUGUUUUCUUGAAUCUAUUUAUUCCAUACAGAUUACAGUAUUGGGAACUAGGAACGUGGAUUUACGUAUCAAUUGUCGGUAUGCCUGGAUUUUCAUUUGUUCAACAGGUGUUGAAGGAGGCGUCGUAAUAGUGCUAGUGGCAUCAGUUGGUAUCGCAAUAACGUUAACUGCGACUUGGUCUUUGAUGGGGACGACAUAAUGAAGAGCUGAAC